AUGUUGGUUGAAAAUGUUCAAUGGCAGGUCCUUCACCAACCUCACGACGCCAUAAUGGCCCUCUUUCGACGGAAGACGCGCGUCUUCGCUUCAUUGUUUCUAGUACUCGUAUUAUAUCUUUUAGUCGGACUUAUUCCUGAGCACCGCGAUACCCUCUUCGGCUUUACCUUUGUUAGGACGAGUUACAACUGGUCCCAGCAACCAUUGAAGUAUCCCAUAUCAGAAUAUGUGCCUCUACCCACCGGUAGACCUCUUGCGCUUCCCAAAGUCCAACAUGCGUUCACUACCGAUACGAGCCCCGAAGGUGUUGCGAGGGAGGAGGUCUUAGCGAGCCGGCGUGCUGAAGUUAAAGCCGCGUUUGUAAAGAGUUGGACUGGCUACAAGAACGCAGGUUUUGGUUACGAUGAACUUAUGCCGGUAUCUGGGAAAGGAAGGGAUGCGCCUGGAUUUGGAGGUUGGGGAGCUACGCUUGUCGAUUCUCUUUCAACACUCUGGAUUAUGGGCCUUAAAGACGAAUUCUACGAAGCGGCCGCCGCAGCUGUAACCAUCAACUGGUCCAAUACGAGAGACACUUCUUGCAAUUUCUUCGAGACUACUAUUCGGCACCUUGGAGGGCUCCUGGGCGCGUAUGACUUGAGCUUGGAGACGGCAUUACUCGAGAAAGCCAUCGAGCUCGGCGACAUGCUUUAUAUGGCAUAUGACACACCUAACCACAUGCCACCAUUCUGGUUUGACUUCGAUGAUGCGAAAGAUGGUAAACAAGAGGCUGGAUAUCAUGACCCGUCUGCCUCCGUCACAUCGUCGUCGCUCGAAUUUACUAGACUAGCACAGCUUACGGGAAACAACAAAUAUUAUGACGCUAUAAAUAGAGUGACGAUGGUCCUGGACGAAUGGCAGAACAAAACAGUCCUACCCGGCAUGUGGCCAACAUUCUUUGACUUUAAACAGUUACAGCUAGACAAUGACAAUAGCUUUACGCUCGGUGCGCUAGCAGAUAGCCUUUACGAAUACUUACCGAAAACAUUUGCCAUACUUGGCGGUCUUGAGCCAGUGUACGAAAAGCUCUACCGCGGAGCGAUGGAUACGGUUAUAAAGAAUUUACUAUUUCGACCGAAGACACCGGAUCAGGACGAUAUACUUUUUACUGGAAAUGUGUUCGUGUCUGAUGAUACGGGGCCUCAUCUAACCGCCGAGGGACAGCACCUCGCGUGCUUCGUGGGCGGAAUGUUUGGACUCGGGGGCAAACUUUUCAACAUCCCGGAACAUCUCGAAAUCGGCGAGAAGAUCACUCGAGGCUGCGUGUGGGCAUACGAUGCAAUGCCCACUGGUAUUAUGCCCGAAAUCUUCAACUUACUCAAAUGUGAGACUCUGGAUCCGUGCGAAUGGGACGAGUCUGAAUGGGAAGAUCAAUCGAAUACGCAGUUAAAGAAGGGGUUCACAAGUGCACGUGACCCGCGGUAUCUUCUACGGCCAGAAGCAAUCGAGAGCGUAUUUCUAAUGUAUCGCAUGACCGGCAAUCCCGAGUACCAGGAGAUGGCGUGGAGGAUGUUCCAAGCGAUUCGGAAAGCAACCGAGACUGAUCUGGCAUUUUCGGCGAUUCAAUCCGUUAGAGAUGUCGUUACAGUCAAGACAGACUCUAUGGAGAGUUUCUGGAUGGCCGAAACACUCAGGUACUUUUACUUAAUAUUCUCCUCGCCAGAUCUUAUUAGUUUAGACGAAUUCGUCUUAAACACGGAAGCACAUCCCCUUAGACGGCCCAGAUGA